AGUCUUCUGCCUGUUUAUGUCCAGUUUACAUUGGUCAGUCGGUCAAGGUGUGUGUUUUCGGGGUCUUUCUGAGAGUGAGCUCACCAAUCCUUGAGAUUAUCUUCUCCUACGGCCAUUCAGAGGAAAGGCCAUGGCCAUGGCUGCUUUCCUAGUAGCUUUGGUGCAACUGGCUCUAUUGCCAUUAGCUUUUGGAGGUGGAUAUUAUCCACACAAGUCACAUCCUCAGCAACAUCAACCCUUACCACAGAUGCACAUGGGCAUGGGAAAGGAAAUGCCACACAUGCCAUAUCCACACUACAGAAAAGAUCUACCAAUGCACCUUAACAAAGGCAAGGAUAACAAAGGUGAGACCAUUCCUAGAGGUGAGCAGGGUGUUCAAGGACAGCCUGGAGCUCAAGGGCCUGUUGGUCCUCCUGGGCCCCAAGGACCCCCUGGGCCUCAAGGCAAUGGUAUCCAAGGCCCUCCUGGAAAGCCAGGACCUCCUGGUCCUCCAGGAUAUCCUGGAAUUGGUAAGCCAGGAAUGUCAGGUAUGCCUGGUAAAGCAGGAGAGAUUGGGCAACCUGGACAACCAGGUGAACAAGGACCCAGAGGUGAAGAUGGACAACCAGGCAUCAUCGGACCACCUGGCCCUCCAGGACCCCCUGGCUUGCCAGGAAUAGGAAAGCCUGGUGGACAAGGAUUACCAGGACAGCCAGGGAAUAAAGGGGAGCCAGGACAUAAAGGUUUUCCUGGUCUCCCAGGGUUACCUGGACCUAAAGGAGACAGAGGAUUUGGACAACCAGGCCCACAAGGACCCAAAGGGCCCGCUGGGCCACCUGGACUUCGAGGGCCAGCUGGAUUGCCAGGGGUGGGUAAGACUGGCCUUCCUGGCAUACCGGGUCCAGCUGGUGUGCCGGGGAAACCUGGAGAGCCUGGCGAGCCAGGACCAGAGGGUCCACCUGGGGAAAAGGGCCCACAGGGUCCACAAGGGGCACCUGGUAUUGGAAGUCCAGGAGAAAAAGGAUUACCAGGCCAGCCAGGUACACCUGGCCACAAAGGAUUACAUGGACCACCAGGGUUACCUGGAAAACCUGGGCUACCUGGAUUUGGCAAACCUGGAUAUCCUGGCCCAAAGGGUGACAGAGGAAUGGGAGGGCUUCCUGGUCCGCAAGGACCAAAAGGAGAAAAAGGUCAUAUGGGCCAACCAGGCAUGAUGGGUCCCCCUGGUCAAACUGGCCUUCCAGGCCCUUCAGGACCAAUAGGAGCACCAGGUGAAGUUGGUUCACCUGGACUUAAAGGAGAGAGAGGUGCAGGAGGAGCCAAGGGAGAUCCGGGACCUAUUGGGCAAACAGGUCCUCCAGGAAUUCCUGGACAACCAGGACAACCAGGAGAAGAUGGAGAACCUGGGCCAAGAGGACCGCAAGGACCUAUUGGUCUCAAAGGAGAAGGUGGCAGCAAUGGUCUACCUGGUCCCCCAGGUCAAUCUGGCCUACCUGGUCUUAAAGGAGAAACUGGUCAACCUGGUCCUGAAGGACCACGGGGUCCCACAGGCAUUCCAGGACUUGCAGGACCAGGAGGAUCACUUGGGCCACCUGGACCUCCUGGGCCAAAAGGAGAAGUUGGUCCACCAGGUCAAGCUGGUCAACCUGGUGAAGGCAGCCCUGGAAUCCAGGGUCCAGUUGGUCCUCCAGGUCCACCUGGCCCAAAUGGAUCACCAGGUCAGCCAGGAAUUCAAGGUCCACCAGGGCCUCCUGGGCCGCCAGGCCCCGCUCCUUCCCCUGAUCUAAUGGGUGUUCUUCCUGAGAUGGGCCCUGCCCUUGAUGGUGUGAAAGCUGGCUACAAGAAAGGGAAAUAUGCAGGUGAGGGUGAUAUGAUGGGUGCCAAUGGCCUGGAGAUGCCUGCUUUCACUGCCAAGCUGACCGCACCAUUCCCUCCUGUUGGCACACCAAUAGUGCUCGACAAACUAUUGUACAAUGGGCGUCAGAAUUACAACCCUCAGACAGGUGUUUUCACCUGUGACCUCCCAGGUGUUUACUACUUUGCAUAUCAUGUGCACUGCAAGGGUGCAAACGUAUGGGUUGGGCUCUACAGAAAUGGAGAACCGGUUAUGUAUACAUAUGAUGAGUACAAGAAGGGAUUCCUUGAUCAAGCGUCUGGGAGUGCUGUGAUUCCUUUACAACCAGGAGACACAGUCUAUUUACAAUUACCAUCUGACCAGGCGGCUGGAUUUUAUGCAGGACAAUUUGUCCACUCCUCUUUCUCUGGGUUUUUACUUUACCCAAUGUAAAAAGCAAGAAUAAGUAAGAAUUUGAAGGAGAUAUAAAGAAGAAAGGACUGACAUUAAAAUGUUUGACUUUUAAAAAAUGUCUGAAUUUUUAAGUAUGUGCUCACAUGAAUGAAAGAAGACUUGAGAAAGCUCAUUUAAAGAUUCCAAUAAUAUCAGUCAAUAUCUACAGACUGUGUGGGUAUAUGCGAAGCUAAAUGACAGAGUACUGUGUCUAUAAAGAUACACUGCACAAUGACUCUCACAGAUUGUAGUAAGAAUAAUCAAUUCAACACUGCAUUUAAGCAGACUGAACACAAUUUUACAAAAUGGAUUGUUUUUGUAAUGUAUUUAUGUAUUUGCUUAAUUGAUGGUAUCCAACAUGAGUAUCCAUGCUUUAAAAUGUUUAGAAAACUAUUUAAUGUCUUUGUGACAUUUGCAUGAUAACUAAUGUAUUUGUUUUGAAUGAGAUGAGAAAAGCCAUUUGAUUUUUCAAAAACAUGACAUAUCUGAUUGUUUCUUUAUCAAUGUUUUAUAUGUAAACGUUUUGCACACAUAAUGUAAUGCAAGCGCUAUGGGAACUGCAACCAAAUUUGUAUGCCUGUGUGUGUGUGUGAGCGUGCCUGAGUGUGUGUGUGUGUGUGUGUGUGUGUGUGUGUGUGUGUGUGUGUGUGUGUGUGUGUGUGUGUGUGUGUGUGCGUGCGUGCGUGCGUGUGUAUGUGUACUGUGUGUACUGUGUGUGUGUGUGUGAUAGAUUUUUUAGCUUAAACACCUCCCCUCAAAAAGACAAGCUUUAAACUACCAAUUUAUUUAAAAACCACCUCUAUUUCUGCAACGAACUGUCAUAAAAAGGAUCAUUUUAACUUAAAUUACACCAAUCAUAUAUCAUGUCACUUCCAUAGAUACCAUUCUACUCAGAAUGGCUUUUUCUGUCAUGUAUUUUCUUUAUGAACUACUGAUUGUGUAAUAACCUUUCUUUUAUAUGUUGCUCACUUUCAACAAUGGUGCUGAAAUUGUCUAAUCCAGUCAAGUUUGUGAAUCACUCAUGGCCCCCAACAUGUUUCUUUUUUUAUUUGCUUAGUUUUUUGUCUGUUUUUGUAAAUAAAGAUGAUUUACAUCCUUAAA